AUGGGACGACGAGAGAUCGCCAAGACAGAGUAUCAGGGAUACAAGAUCGAACAUUCCUUAUCGAUACGACCACGAUAUCGCAAUACUACCAUUUGCUCGCCUUCCAAAGACGAAGUGGGAAUGUACGUUUCCCCCGGACUUUGGGCUAUCGUUGCCAGAAAGAAACAUUCCCUCAGCCAUCAAACUUUCUAUGAGCUCUCCAAUAUCCACCUAGAGAAUUCAGAGACACUGAACCCCGCUCAAAAAAAGUGGGCUUACAAUAAUACCUCCGAAAUCCAACGCUGGCUCACCGAUAUCCGCAUAUUCCUCGACAACGCACUUGACACUGUCCAAGGACUUUCAGCUAGAAUCCUGCGCCGAGAAAGAUUUCAAAAUUGGUAUGAAGACGGCAACAAAUGGAAAUCAGCAUACGAAGAACAGUUCCAAUUCGAUCUAACUAACAACCGCGACAUUGUGAUGAAAUAUGACCCAAAUCUCAACAAGGCUCGACGGCGUCAUGAGAUGCUGAUCAUAUGGCAUCAUCUCGUCCAUGCACCAGAAGACGACAAGGAGCAAAUAGAUGCGACCUAUCUAUCUACAAAAAGGGCUCUCUAUACCACAUGGAACUCUAAAGCUUGGUUCACAAAGAAGGCCUACGGCACCGAGAGGAUACAUCAGGGCGACAUGGCUCCCUUCUGCAACCAUUCGUACAUUUAUCGUGAUUACAAGAGGCGCUCAGUUUGCGAGGAGCAGGAAAGAGAGAUAUGA